AUGGCGGCGGGCGGGCGGUGGCUGCGGAGCUGCUGCUCCGUGCUCAGGUACCGCGGGCCGGGGGGAGCGGCUGAGGGGGACACGCGCUGCCCACCCGCGGGCUGCGGGCUAAAGAGCACGCGGCAUAAAAGAAGGAAAAUCCACCGGUUGUUUUCAUUAAAUUGCUUAGUGAUGACUAUCAGCAGUGUGCCUAUGAUUUUGGAAGAGCCGCCUGGAGCCCGCACCUCUCAUUGCGGCUCUUACACAGGGGCACACGGGGCACACAGGGCACACGGGGGUCUUGUGUUGCAGCAGCAGAGCCCGGGCUCCCUGAGCAACGACGCCCUGAUCAGGAGGGCCGUGUCCCUGGUGACAGACAGCACGGCCACGCUGCUCUCCCAGACCGCGUACGCGCUGAUCGAGGCGCUCACCGAGUACACCAAGGCAGUUUAUACCCUGGUGUCUCUCUACAAGCAGUACUCAAAUCUCCUGGGGAAGAUGAACUCGGAGGAGGUGGAUGCAGUCUGGCAGGUGGUCAUAGGAGCCAGAGUGGAUAUGAGCACCAAGCAGCAGGAGUACCUCAGGCUGGAGUCCAGCUGGAUGACGGCGCUGCGGCUGUCGGAGAUGGCGGCAGAGGCUGCCUAUCAGUCAGGUGCAGACCAGGCCUCAGUGACAGCCCGCAGCCACAUCCAGGUGCUGAAGUCCCAGGUGCAGGAGGUGAGGCUGCUGUCCCAGAAAGCAGAGACCAAAUUAGCUGAAGCUCAGACAGACGAGCUCAUCAAGGCCCGAGGAGAGGACUCAUUGCCUCAGGGUGUUUUAGAAAACACAGAUGAUGACCCUUACCUUCGGGAGGACUGAACAGAACUGAACUCUCAGGGUCAGUCACAGAUGGAACAGUCCCAGGCUCUUAAGUGUGGGAUAGUGUAAAACUGCUGAAAUAAGCCUGUGAUUCCAUUUUUUUUCCCCCAAAAGGAUUGCUUUACAAAUCAAGUAUUUGGAAGGCCUCAGUUUUGUUUGUUACUUACCUUGUUUAUAAUACUUUUGGAUUCAUUUAUUUAAAUGUUUUAUCUAUGCAAAUGUGAAGACUGUUAUCAGGGAUGGCCUGGUGGUAAUUGUGUCUCUGCUUGGAGGGUCCUGCUGCUCCCCUGGUGUGUUUGUGGGAUCAGCCAGAGAAGUGUAUUUAAAAACCCUUGUUUUUAACCUGUGAGGUAAAUGAUGUCUGUGAGGAGAUGCCUUUAUUAAACUGUGCAAAAGCA